AUGGCCAUCACCAAAGUUCACGCCCGUUCUGUGUACGAUUCUCGCGGUAACCCCACCGUCGAGGUUGACGUCGUCACUGAGACUGGCCUGCACCGAGCCAUUGUUCCCUCUGGAGCAUCUACCGGUCAGCACGAGGCUUGCGAGCUUCGCGACGACGACAAGUCCAAGUGGGGCGGCAAGGGUGUUGGCAAGGCCGUCGAGAAUGUUAACACGAUCAUCGGCCCUGCCUUGCUGAAGGAGGGCAUUGAUGUCAAGGAUCAGUCCAAGGUCGAUUCCUUCCUCAAUGGCCUUGAUGGCACUGCGAACAAGACCAAGCUUGGCGCCAAUGCUAUUCUUGGUGUCAGUUUGGCUAUUGCCAAAGCUGGAGCCGCUGAGAAGGGAGUCCCUCUGUACGCCCAUAUUUCCGACCUGGCUGGCACUAAGAAGCCCUACGUUCUUCCCGUCCCUUUCAUGAACGUUCUCAAUGGCGGCUCCCACGCUGGUGGCCGCCUGGCUUUCCAGGAGUUCAUGAUUGUUCCCUCUGAUGCCCCUACCUUCUCUGAGGCUAUGAGACAAGGUGCCGAGGUCUAUCAGAAACUGAAGUCUCUCGCCAAAAAGAAGUAUGGCCAGUCUGCGGGCAAUGUUGGUGAUGAGGGUGGCGUCGCUCCGGAUAUUCAGACUGCCGACGAGGCCCUUGAGCUUAUCACGGACGCCAUCGAGCAGGCCGGCUACACUGGCAAGAUGAAGAUUGCCAUGGACGUCGCCUCCAGCGAGUUCUACAAGACCGACGCAAAGAAGUACGAUCUUGACUUCAAGAACCCUGACAGCGAUCCAAGCAAGUGGAUCACCUACGAGGAGCUCGCCGCUCUGUACUCUGACCUCUGCAAGAAGUAUCCCAUUGUCAGCAUUGAGGAUCCAUUUGCUGAGGAUGAUUGGGAGGCUUGGAGCUACUUCUACAAGACCCAGGAUAUUCAGAUCGUUGGUGAUGAUCUGACUGUCACUAACCCUCUCCGCAUCAAGAAGGCCAUUGAGCUUAAGGCUUGCAACGCCUUGCUGCUCAAGGUCAACCAGAUUGGUACCCUGACCGAGUCUAUCCAGGCUGCCAAGGACUCUUAUGCUGACGGCUGGGGCGUCAUGGUUUCUCACAGAUCUGGAGAGACCGAGGAUGUCACCAUUGCCGAUAUUGUUGUGGGAAUUCGAUCUGGCGAGAUCAAGACUGGCGCCCCAUGCCGCUCUGAGCGCUUGGCUAAGCUCAAUCAAAUCCUCCGAAUUGAGGAGGAGCUUGGUGACCAGGCCAUCUACGCUGGGGCCAACUUCCGCAAGUCGGUCAACCUUUAA